AUGUGUACUACAUCUCCCGUAAAUUUUGAUGAAAUUGUCGAUCAGAACCAGCGGAAUGGCGGCUUCAAAGACACUUGUCAUGUUUGUAAUGGUAAUUCUAUCAAUACGGAGAAAUUAUUAAAAUACGGACUGAUCAAUCCAAUAAAUGUCCUCAAUCGAUCGUUAAAACAGUCUGGCUUACCCGGAUCCAAUGAACCAACUAAGUGUGAAUUAGAAGAAGCCUUGUUGAAUGCUGUUCGUCAAUUGGACCGUUUGAAAAAAUAUCGUAUAAGUCAACAAACACGCAUUAAUCAAUUACAAGAACGAUUAGAUCAUAUGGGACAUGAGCUGAACUCUAGUGUUGAUACAAUUCGUCAUCAUCGAAACGAUUAUGAAGCACAAAAACGUAGAAACUAUAUGGAAAUUACUGAUUUACGUAAACAAUUAGCCAAAACAAGUGCUUUAUUAGGACAGUUUAAAUUAUUGUUCAGUAAAGCUGACCUGAAUAAUGAUUGUUGGAGUCAAAAUAUACGAGUGUUCGUUGGAAAUUCACUGAAAAAUUUACACACAACUAAUGAACUGCAAGAUAUAGAUACUUUAAGUAUCGAUGAUUUAAAACUGAGAUUAUCUAUUGCUGAAAAUGAGCUUACUCAAUUGAGAUCAGAUAUGGCACAUCAAAGAGAAGAUGCUGAUCGUGAGGCAUCAAGACUUCGCGGUCAGUUAGGUGAAGUGAAUUCAGAUGCAAGAACUCUACGAAUGCAGUUGAAUCGCCUUAUAUCACAAAGCAAGUCUCCAAGUGAACUUAAUGGUCUAAAGAAUAAGAACUCAUCUGAUUCCCCGAGUUGUACAAAUUGUCAGAAGCUUCAGCGUCUCAAUGAUAUUUUACAACGUAAACAGUCUAAAAUGAACAUGUUUCCUGAUGUAAUCAAUCGUCAAGGGAACAUGAUGAAUCAUGCAAGUAUUGUUUGUGAGAACAGUACAUUUACUCAGAAAGCAAUACACAAGCCCCAUGUUAUAGAUGAUCUCGUCCAAACAGAUUUAUUGGAUGACAUUCCCAAAACCGACUUGAUCCAAAAAGUUGACAUAGCUACUGACCCUAUAGAUGGAUAUAAUAACGCUUCACCAUAUCUGCCCGUGGAAAGCUGUAAAUGUAUUCAAACGGAAUCAUUUAUUGUAGGCGGUGACGUAACGUUACCGGAAACUCCCGUAAACGGUGAAGUCUCUUUUAUUGGUGAGGCUUUACAAUACAGUAUUGUACACGAACCGAGUAUGCUGAGUGAGGUGGAGUUAAAUAGUGUUCCUGUGUCUGACAAAUGCACACGAGUAUCAAUAAUCGGAAACAAUAAUGCACCACCGGUAAUAAACGAUAGUCGAAAUUCGAUGCUUCAUUCAGUGUAUGAAUCAAAAUAUGAUAACCUGACUAGUCCCAGCCAAAGUGUCAGUGAAGAUUUAUCAUAUUCUCAAUUGUUGCAGCGAUUAAGAAGAGCUGAAGAAGAAGCGAUUAUGGCUAUGGAUCAGUUAAAAUCAAGUAAUGCGGAGUUUCUUACUUUGAAAGAACGCUUAUCCCAUGCAACUGUAGAACGUGCACAUUUAAAAGCAACUAUUUCCGGAUUGGAUGAACAAGUCGCGUUGCUAGAAGACUGUUUAUAUGAGCGUACACAAGAACUUCACAAAUGUCAGGCACGUCUUGGAGAAUAUUGUCCGACAUAUGAAAAGCCUGCUGAACCAUAUUGUGUUGGAUCUGAAGUAUCGACAUCGGAGAUAUCCAUAAAAAUACAUGAACCAAGUGAUCAUUUUACAAGCAAAUCAACAAUCAUUAAUUUGAGAGGUUUUCAGUUCUAUGAACCUAUGAAAUCAUUUAUACGUUCCUCUUCUAUCGGAUCCAAAUGCUUACAUCACUCAGUCAAAUUAAAUGGUUGGUUAUCUGUUUUAUGGAAACAGUUCAUUCUACAUGGGCAACAACUCGCAUCUAGAAUGUCUAAUACUAGGCAAUAUACUUCAUUUCGCCUACAAAGUCAACCUCGACCAAAAGUAAUGUUGAUUUUUGUGAUUUAUUUCUUUUCUGUACAUCUACUGUUACUACAUUGUUGGUUAUCAUGA